UAAGGUGAUACUACAAAAAUAUUGGCAUAGGAAAGCCCAAGUCUUGGUGAGUUCCACAUAACAGCUCGUUAUGGGAAACCUUUUGGGUCGACAAAGUACCACUGUUGAACAGUUGGAAGAAACAAACACACUACCUUAUUAUUACCCUCCAAAAUCCGGUAACUAUUUUGGACCCCAUUUUUUUAUGGGAGGAAAGAAAUUUGAUAUUGUUCAACCAGAAGCUUAUUUAUUUGGAGAAAAUUCAGAUUUAAAUCUCCUUGGACCUCGUCCACAUACUUUUCCAUAUCAAUCCUCCAACCCAAACCAACCAAUACGUGCCUUGAAAUGUUUGGUGAAUAUAAGAAAAGAUUCCCUCAGGCUGAUUAGGGUAGCCCGUCCUCAGCUGAAGCCUGAAGAUUUAAUCACAAACCCAGAUGACCCGCCAGAGGCUGCAGAACAUGGGCCAGAAACUGAUGCACUUUACAACCUUGAGUUUACAUUUGAUGCUGACUGCCCAUGUUCUAUAACAGUUUAUUACAACUGUUCAGAAGAAAUGGAAAACAAGACAGUCAACUUCAGCUUAAGUUGUACGAAUUGUCGAAGUGAUACCGUGCAAUAUAACGCUGGUUCAAACCAACAGUUCUGUUUACCCAGUCAUGUGAUCAACCCUGCCAUAUUAUACAAACAUUCCAACCAGAGCGCCAUGACAAAAUGGGAUUACAACAACAUUCCUAUUGCUAUCCAAGUCUGUGCAGAAUGUGGACCAGACUAUGCUGACCACAGCCAUAUUGCUUAUGCUAUGUUUGAAGGGUUACCUGAUGAGACAUGGACGAUAAAACUACUCAAGCAGAAACAAGCAAUCAGUGGUGUAUGCUACCUGCUACAGGAAAUAUACGGGAUUGAGAAUAAACACGAUGCUGGAGGACCUGAUGGAGACGCUGGUGUUCCUGACAAUGAAGAUGAUGAUUAUGACGAUAGUUCAGAAUGUGUUGUUUGUCUCUCAGAUUCAAGAGAUACCUUGAUACUUCCAUGCAAACAUCUAUGUCUCUGCAGUACUUGUGCAAAUCAGUUGCGAUUCCAGCAGAGUGGAUGUCCCAUAUGUCGUCAAUCAUUCCGUGCCUUGCUGCAAAUACGAGCUGUACGUAAGAAGUCCGAGUUGCCACCGUUGAGUGAAACAACAGCCAAUAAUGAAGAAGAUUAUGAAUCUAUUCACUCAAGUGAUAGUGCAAAUGACCUUCCAUUUGAUGUAAACAUUCCACCUGGUUAUGAAGUGAUUCCAUUGAUCAAUGCAAUAAAUGGACCAGUGUCUGCUGUAAGCAUGACUUCUUUGAGUGUAGAUGGAAGUGAAAGAGGUCGUGCUCCGAGCUCUGUGUCUAAUUUAUCAAUACGUUCCUCAAGUCGUAGAUCAUGGAGAAAAAAGAAGGAAACGAUAGUGGUGGAAGUUCAAAAUGAAGUCUCUCCAUCACAUGAAGAUCCGGAUGUUGUCAUCACAAGAAAUGGAAGUGGAAGGAAGAAGCGAUCUCACAAGAAGCAAGGAUCAAUUAAAAAAGUUCCAGCAAAGUCACUGCUCCAGGUUGCAGAAGCAGGAGAACCUUCAACAUCAAUAGGAAGCAAUGUUGAAAUCAAUGUUGUUACUGACAUUGAGAGUAACAAAGCUGUUCCAUCCAUCAAUCCACCUGAGAUAGAAAUAUCUGAAGAGCAAAACACUAAAGAUGAGCCAACCAUACCCCCUGUUAGUAACAGCAACGAUGAGAUGGUCAAAAUCACAUCAGAAGUUAAAGACUUGUACGAGAAUGCUGCUCAAAUGACUGAAAGCGGGCAAAGCAGCAACACCAGCAGUAGCGAACUGUUAAGUCAAAAUGACGUCAGAACAUCUGCAGAUCAGCUGGAUAUAUUUGUUGAAGAUGGUUCCUUCAUUACACCGAAGAAAUCCGACAAACAAUCUGAAGAAACUGUAUGACUUUUAUCACACUAGGACGAAAAUGCAGUCACUAUUUUUCUCUUUAUUUGGGUGUUGUGCAGAUAUGUUUUUAUUUUCUUUCUCAUAUAUAAACACGUACAUUGCCAUAAUUUUACAAUGGAUUAAUUUAAUUUAACUAUGUGAUAUAUUGUUGGUAUGUUACAGAUCAACAGCAAGACACUUUUUAGCAAUCCACUGUUGUUAAAUCUUUCAUACUAUAUAUAUUUCCCUGACACCAAAUACGACAAUCAAUGUAAACAUUAUGUUGAUCUUCCUGUUUUGUGUGAAAAGUAAUUUCUUGUUGUUAUUCAUUUUGUCAUAUUUGUGCACUUACCUUUGACAAAAGGAUUGCAAUUUAAUAAUAAAAUAUAAAUGUACAUAUAUUAG